CACAAGAUCCCACGGCCGGCUGAUGAUGUCAUUGUUUGGGCCGACUCCGUCUCCUUUCUUCUGAUCAACCGCUCGGUGUUCUCCAGCACUCGCCCAACAUGGGCAGUCGUCUGGAGAAGAACUCGGCAGCUGUGUGGAAACGCAUAGCCAGCCACGAGUUUGAUGGCGAGGACGGCGAGGAGUACGAGGCAAGCGAAUUUGGCGGAUUCAGCGACUACUUCCGCCGGAAGCAGGAAAAGCUGCAAAACCUCGAUGCCGAACUGCGCGCCGCCCGCGGAACAAAGCCUCAGAUCUUUAAGGGCGUUGUCGCCCAUGUCUCUGGGUAUACUCAGCCGCCAUUGCAUGUGGAACUUGUCCAACAUGGCGCCGGCUUCCUGCAGUACCUAGGCUCCAAGACCAUGGCCACCCACAUCAUCGCCUCUGCCAUGCCCCCCAAGAAGAGAAUGGAAUUUAGCAAGUACCGCAUCGUCAAGCCCGCAUGGGUGGUGGACUCCAUCAAGGCUGGGAAACUGCUGCCGUGGACCGACUACCGCGUCAUUGACGACAGCCCGAAGCAGAAGACGAUCGGAUUCGAUGGAGGGAAGUUGUCUAGCCAGGUGACCCAACAGUCUCCCCUUGGAUACCGCGAACAGAUCCAGAACAGUUUCUACACCAGCCAGUUCCAGAAAUUGGAGCGUCGUGGUGCGGAAUCUCAGGGGCUCAGCAGUCCGUUUCAGCCUCCAUCUGCCAGGAAACCGGCCACUGCCGAACUGGAAACGAUUGACGACUUUGACGAGGUGGACAUGGAUAUGCUCGUCGAGCCUGCCAGGGCGGAGCCGGAGACCCGGAACCCCGACAUGUCAUCGGAUGGCAAACUGCCAAACACGGAGGCAGAGUCCGCCGAGACUUCGAUCCUUAAGGCCCCUAGCCCACAGGCUGAGGAGCCGAGGGAUGCGCCUGCCGCAAAACCCAUGACUUCGGAAGAACAUAACGCAAUGCUUCUCCAGGACCCCAAAAUUCGCAAGUCGUCUGCCGCGAAUCCCAACUUCCUGAAGCAGUACUACUCGGAGAGCCGUCUGCACCACUUAUCCACCUGGAAAGCGCAGCUAAAGUCCCGCUUGAUGAGCCUGGCUGCCGAGAAGGCUCCGCCGGCAAAGGGGACCAAGCGCAGGAGCGGGUCGCGCCGAUACAUCAUGCAUGUCGACUUUGACAGCUUCUUCUGCGCCGUUUCUAUCAAGAGGCAUGCCCCCGAGUAUCGCGACAAGCCAGUCGUGGUUGCUCAUAGCACCGGUAGCGGUUCUGAGAUCGCAUCGUGCAACUACCCGGCCAGGAGCUUCGGCGUCAGAAACGGUAUGUGGAUGAAGCGCGCUCAGGAGCUCUGUCCGGACCUCAAAGUGGUACCUUACGACUUUCCGGCGUACGAAGAAGCCAGCCGGCUCUUUUACGAGGCUAUCCUCGAUGUCGGUGGCGUCGUCCAGAGCGUCAGCAUCGACGAAGCGCUGAUCGACGUGACCGACAUCGUGCUCGAUGCCGCCGGCUCCAGCGGCAUCGGAAUCAGCGAAGGCAGCAUAUGGCGAGAGCAGCAGAAGGCGGAUGAGAUCGCAUCAAAUCUCCGGGCCGAGGUCAAGAAGAAGACCGAUUGCCAUGUCUCGGUCGGGAUUGGCGGGAACAUAUUGCUGGCCAAGAUCGCGCUGCGGAAGGCUAAGCCUGCCGGCCAGUACCAGAUCAGGCCAGAGGAGGUUUUGGAUAUACUCGGUGAUCUGGAGGUCGAGGACCUUCCCGGCGUGGCUUACAGCAUCGGCGGUAAACUCGAGGAAAUCGGCGUCAAGCUCGUCAAGGACCUACGGCAGACCUCCAAAGAGCGUCUGGUCACCGUCUUGGGUCCAAAGACAGGCGAGAAGCUGUGGGAAUAUGCCCGGGGCAUUGACCGCACCGAGGUCGGGCAGCAGCCCGUCCGCAAGUCUGUAUCGGCCGACGUGAAUUGGGGCAUCCGGUUUGUCAACCAGGAGGAGGCCGAAGGGUUUGUUCGAAACCUGUGCCAGGAACUGGAGCGGCGACUCCUGAAUGAAGGCGUCCGAGGCAAACAUCUGACGAUGAGAAUCCUGCGACGUGCGCUGGAUGCGCCCCUGGAUCCAGCAAAGCAUCUGGGACACGGCAAGUGUGACGCCUUCGCCAAGAGCGUCUCAUUCGGUGUUGCCACAAACGACGCCGAGAUGAUUGGGAGGGAGGCGGUCGCGAUUUUGCGUUCCUUCAAGUUCAGCCCCGGUGACCUUAGGGGAAUUGGGGUGCAGAUGACCAAGCUCGAGCCGCUCAAGCCGUCUGCUGCUGCCGAGGGCAGCCAGAGGAAAAUCAGCUUCGCCAAUUUCAGCGCUGGCCCACCAGCAAAGAGGCAGAAGACGGAACAUAUCGAUGACGAUAUUGAUGUUGGAAACCUCAGUCGUCCGUCCAGACAGGAGGUUGAGCAGGACCCUAUCUCGGUCGACCCGUUGACGCCGAGAAAACCCAAGGUGCAUCCGGCAUUGGCCCUGGCCAAGGCGAACGCAGCCGAUAAGAAAGCCAACUCGCCGCUGAAUAUCGCCGGAACUCAAUUCAUCGUCCCUUCCAACCCGGAUCCCGCCGUCCUCGCCGAGCUGCCCCAAGACAUCCGCAGCAGGCUUGUGAACCAAGCCAAGCGCGGGUCAAUGGCCUCAUCUCGCGAAGCAUCGCCAGCCGUUGACUCACGCUCGCACAGCCCCGCGCGAGCUGACGACAUCCCGUCUGAUGUUGACCCGGAGGUUUUCAAUGCGCUGCCCGAGGAGAUGAAAGCCGAAGUUCUCGCCUCGUACGGCCGCAGGAAGCGGCAGGGAGGCCAGACCGUCCUCCCCCAGUCCCCACGCAAAGACAGGGUGAUGUACCGGCCGAAGGAGAAAUCGACGCCGACGAAGCGUGGCAUCAGAAGCCUCUUCAGCCGCGCGCGCGAGCGCGAGUGCCAGCAGGACGCCGAGGCCAGGCUUAUGCAGACCAACCUCGAGCCUCUGAGGGCGGCGGCCGCCGCCGAAGCGCGCGGAAACGACGCCGAGCCGAUCGGUGAUCUCGAUUCGGAGUUCCUCACCGAGCUGCCCGAGGACGUGCGCCGCGAGGUCGUCGAGGAUCACCGCCGGCAGCGCCUGGCGCAGCGCGCCGGGCUGGGCUACCAGGCGCCCGCCCGCCGGGCUGCUGCGGCGCGCCACCCCGACGAGGCGGACGCCGCGGGCCUCCCGCGCGGCCAGACGCGGCUGCAGUUCCCGGCGAAGCCGCCCAAGGCGGGGUUCGCGCAGACGGGACUGACGGCGUUGAAGGAUGUCAAGAGCAUGCUUGAGGCGUGGCAUGAGGCGACGCAGGAGGACGGGCCGCACCAGGCGGAUGUGGAGGUCUUCGAGCGGUUUGUCGGGCGUGUUGUGGCGGAAGAGAGGGAUAUGGAGAAAGCGAGGGUGUUGGUCAAGUGGCUGGCCUGGCUUGUUGAGGAGGGGCCUGAAGGAGCCGGGAAGGCGUCGUGGAGAGAGGCGAUGGAGGCUGUGAAGACGGCGGUUCAGGCUGCCAUGAAGGAGCGGGGGCUGGGGCCCAUGGACUUUGGGUAGGCCAGCGUCGGGGAAAUUGCUCGCUGUUCAGAAUACCUCCGCGACGGGUUCGGCAGCAAAUGGUAUGGCAAAUAUGAACUGGAUAUCUCUAAAUCUUUAUACACGCAAGACAAGGGAGGUACGCU